AUGUAUAAACGGAUCAACAGCAUUAAUGUUAAGAGAUUGAGGAGACGAGGCGCACCCCCACCAUCCCCGGACUCGUCGCUCAGCUCCGCCUCGCCGUCGCCGGAACCCAACCACGAACCGGUGACAGCAGUAGCGUCGAGCUCGAGCGACGAAUAUUUCUCCCCACCGACGUCGCCGCCACCUGUACGUCGGCCGAGGAGAGGCCGGCCACCGACGGGCUUGGGAGCCAGGGGUCAACAGACCCCGGGACGGGUCCCCGCUGCCGGUGGUUGUGCGCGGCGCAUGAAAUGGACUCAAACAAUAAAUGAGAACGUCAUGCGCGCGUACUACGGUGCUACGGAGGGAGGAACCAACCUCACUGCGUACCGUGAAAGGAUGCUGUCGAUGUUUCAGGCUGCACUUGAUCGGCUACGCUCAGAAGCACUGCGCAACCGUGUCGUCCCCGCCCCACCACAAGAGGUGGUACAAACACCUACAGUGUCACAAAAUGUGACACCGACCACUCCUGCCGCUGGAGUGGAGGACGACAGGGUUGAACAAGUAAGUACUCAGUGCAAUGAACGACUGAGGAGUGCUUUGGAGGAUGCAAUUCGUGAGUAUAGAUUUGCUCCUUUAAAACCAAAACUGCCACGUUUGCCCAUGUGUGGAAGAAAUAGGGCGCUGGUAAGCGCUCUGGAUUCGCUACUUAAAACAUAUUUUGAAAGUAGCGAAAACCUCUAUGAUACACACUCGAUUCUGUACUGUGGGGCGGUAGCAGCUUGUCGAGUAGCUAACGUCAGAUUCUCGAAUCUUGACGCAGCAGUCCGACCAAAACCAGCAGUACCAGCCUGGCAGUGCAGGAUUGAACGUCGUAUCAGUGAGGCCAGGGUGCUUAUCGGCAAACUAUCCUGCUUCAGGGAUGGCAAUACUCGUCCUAGAGUGAUGCGCUUUGUAAGACGUGCAUUUGUGGGGACUGAAACCAGUCCUCAUGAAUACAUGUCGCGUGUUACAGAGCGCAUCGACUUCCUGAAGCAGAAAAUCUACGCAUGGGCAAAUCGUAUCAGGCGGUACAAAAAACGAGUAGAGCGAUAUACUCAGAACCGCAUGUUCCAAAGAGAUCAGAGAUGGGUAUAUAGAAAUUGGGAACGAUCCAACCAAGAUGUGACUGAUGGGCGGCGACCGGAUGAUGAAGCCACUAACACAUUUUGGCGCAACAUCUGGUCGGUGCCUGUCAGCCACACAGAGGAUGACUGGAUCUAUGAUGUUGAGCGAGGGUGUGAAACUGUGCCAGAGAUGAAGGAGGUGAUAAUCACCUCCUCUGAUGUGAGCAGUGCAGCCUGUUCGGUCCCAAAUUGGAAAUCACCGGGGCCAGACGGGCUGCACAACUUCUGGCUCAAAUGGUUCACCAGUUCACACGCUCGCUUAGCAUCGCAAUUCCAGGCAGCUUUAGAAGCUGGAUCGUUGCCCCAAUUUUUUAACAACAGGCGUUCUGAUUUAUCUGCUCCAUAA